GUCCAGUUGUUUUUCAAUUUAAUCGCUUUGCUGCUAGCAAUUCGAGCUCCAUCUUGCAACAAUGUCAACGUUUGCUGACAGCGCUUACAAGCUUGCAAAAGAGGCAAAGAGAACAAUGGAGAUCCUCGCUCCAUACAAUGAGGAUCUUGUCCGAAGUAUUUGCAGAGAGAUUCGGUUUCUCUGUUCACUCAUUGACAAAAUCAAAGCCGACAUGAAAACAGAACUGCAGCAAAAUCCAUCAGCCAUCACAACGGUGCUAGUGCACCAUCUGACUGUCAAGCGCAGUAAGCGCGUGCUGAUGGCCUAUCAUCGCCAGCGCGUCAAUCGAAUCAAGCAAAUAAUCUGGGAUCAAGGCAACGUGUUGAGCAGCGACAAUCGGAUUGCUCUCAGUGGCCCUGAAAUCGAUUUUGCAAAGGAUUACUCAGAGCUAAUGACUUCGUAUAAACAAAAUUUUAUGGAGAUAGACUUGGGCGGUAAUGGCGGUAUUGGUUUGGAUCCACCAGACGAUCUUUUCAUCGAAGUACGCGUUCUCAAAGAUGCUGGCGAGGUACAGACCGAAUACGGCGUACUGAACCUGAAGCGAGGAAGUCAAUUCUACGUUCGACGAACAGAUGUAGAAUCCCUUAUACGAUCAGGGUAUCUCAAACAUGUCUGAUUGGUACCAUACUGUAUAUCAUCAUUGUAACAUAAUAGUAGUCAAUCAUCUUUUGUACAUAACAAUUUCAAUGCCACCAAUAAAAGAAAAACAAAAACUGUGAAACUACAAAAGG